UUUACAAAUUUUAAUAUGUUGAUACUAAUGACAAAAUGGAGGUCAAAUUUGAUAUUGACGAUUUUCACUUUCACUAAUCAUCAGUAAUGGUUCUUGUGAUAUUGCCAGGACACAAAUAAAUGUUAAUAAAUCCGGUUUGCUGUCGUUGUGACAGCCUCUUGUUACCUAUGAAAGGGGACGUAGUCUGUAUGAAUUAUUUUUUUUAAUUCAAACAGGUUUAAAAAAAGAAACAGAAAUACUGUAACACUUCCAAUUUUGGUGCUGUUGAUAGAGUUUUUAGUGGUGACGUUAUUUAAAUUAUGACGUCAUUUUCAAUGUAAACAAAGAAACACUGUUAUCAGAUUUAUUUUAUAUUGCUACUCCAUAUGAACUAUAUAGUGAUGAAGAUGGCAUAACAGUUCAUCUUAAACACCCACGAAGUGAACAUUUUGCAAUUAAAUACCGUGGGUAUUCUAAGAAAUUAGAGUCCACACAUUCCAUUGUUCUCAAUUGGAGGAAUAACGAAGGACUUACAGAGAAAAUUAACUUAUUAGGGAAAAUACAAGAUUAUUUAUACAAGGAAACAAAGAAUGAAAUUUUGCAGAAAGAUUACAGUGACAUGGAAAACCCUGAAAAGUUCAAGAAUGAUGCACUUCAGUUCUUGGAAUUUGCCUACAAAAAUGGGUGGUUUAUUUCAAUGCAAGUGUGUAUGUUAGCAGCAGAUCAUCUUAAAGGUUAUGAGGGGAAAAAAGCAAAAACUAAGGAAACAUAUUAUCAAACAGCAUUAAGUUACAAACCAGAACUGAAAAUACAAGGACACCCAGUUAUUUAUGGAAAAUGUCUAAUGUUUCUGGUUAAAUAUAAAAGUUUCUGGACAGAUACGUUAAGAGUGAUAGUUAAAUGUGGUGACAAAGAAAGCUUUAAAAGUCCUAAAAUAUAAUGGUUUAAUUCCACAGACACAGUUAAAAUCUGUGAAACCAAGCCAUACAAAACUGUUGGAGCAAAAUUAGCUUGGUCUAUAGAACAUGGGGGAGUUGGUUGUAUAUUUUAUGAGAUGGCAUGUGGUCGGCCAUUGUUCCCAGGGUCAACAGUAGAAGAUGAACUUCAUUACAUAUUUAAAAUUCUAGGAACACCAAAUGAAACUCAGUUCCCAGGACUUAGUAAAAAUGAGGACUAUUUGUCUUAUAACUUUCCUUUCUAUAAGCCAGAACCACUUAUUAAUGUAGCACCAAGAUUAGAUGGAGAUGGUUUAGAUUUGUUAUCAAAACAUUUACUGUAUACAGCUAACAGAAGGUGCUCAGCUGCAGAGGCAAUGAAAUAUCCUUUCUUCAACAGUUUGGGACCAAGUGUACAUAGGUUACCAGACACUGUAUCUAUAUUUACACUACCUGGUAUAAUAUUACACAAAGAUCCUGGAAUGAGGUCCUCAUCAUUAUCAUCUACAGGUAAAAUAAGAAGACAGAGUAUGCUGUUUUGAUCCAUGUGACAUGAUUAGAUUAUGUAUUUAACUGAGCUUGCUGUUUUAAUCCAUGUCAUGUGAUUAAAUCAUGUGACUGACAUGUGAUACAUUUCAUGUGUUAAUCAAAGCAAAUAUUUCUUAUGUGCAAACCAGUGCUUUUGAAUGACAAACUAUACAUAUGAUAAUUGCUGUUAAUUGAUUUUGUAGUAUAAAACUAGUGUGUGCAUGCUAUAAUUACAUUUUUAACCGUAUUUUCACAGGAAAAAUUGGUUAUUUACUAGUUACCUCUCAUUUUUUAGUUAACCAUAUUUUCAAAGGAAAUAUUGUUUAUUUACAAGUUACCUCCCAUUUUUAAGUUGACUUAAAAAUGAAAAUUAAAAUAACACAAGGUCUUGUAUUUUUAUUUUAAAAUUUUUACUUGUCAAACCAAAUAUGAAACUAUAUGAAUUUCAUCGAUAUUCAGAAUAGAGUUGUUAGUAGAGUAGCAUACCCGUAGCCAGGGGGGUUCGGGUUGAAAACUAAUAAGGACUGUUAAAGUCGAUGUUCUGUUCGAAUUGUGACUGUUAAAGUCGAGUUUGUGAGUCAAACGAACCCCCCUUUGAAAAUUCCUGGCUACGGGCCUGAGUAGCCAAGAUCACAUUAGUUUAAUAGAAAUACCAUUUUGACAGUUUUCAGUACCAUGUAUAAGAUAGUAAUUAUAUGUUGAUUGCUAUGCUGGUUUUCAAAGAUAACAUAUUUUAAAGUUGGACAGUAGAUAUAUUUUGUAUUUAAUGAAAUAACAUAUCAUGCUUGGUGCUUUUCAUAUAAUUGCAAUUUUUUUAUGACAAAACUUUUUUUUGCUUUAAGUGCUUUAGAAUAAUAAUACUUUUUUUUUAAUAAUGCACAAAAUCAGUCAUUUUAUAAAUAAGAUUGUGGACAAGCUCUAACAUAAUAAUUUUGGAGUUCUUAAUUUUUCUACUCACUGCAUUAGUGAAAAGAUUUGUUAAAAUUCUAGAAAAUAGUAUCUCAUAUAAAGUCAUAGUAUACAUAAUAAUUUGAAAGUGCUAAAAAAAGAAAAAAGUGUCCCAUGAAGAUUAAUUUGGAAUGAAAGUUGUCAUGAGUGCUUAUUUUUUUUUUAAAGUUUACAUAAUUAAUGAAAAUUUAAAGAAAUUUUAAAAGCAUGAAAGGCUUUAUUUAUUAGGAAAGCUGAGUCUUACAGACUUAUCAUUUUCAAUAGAAAAAAUUCUUGUAGCUGCCAUCUUGAACUUCAUCUUCAUUCAACCAUGUAACAAGUUUGUUUAACUCAGGCAAACAUUUUAAAGGGUGUUAUUAAUUAUUAUAAUUCUUCUUGAUGUGUAUAUUGAAAAGAAACCACCGAUUUUUCAUCAUUGGUCAUUUUAACUGUGCCAUGUGAUGUAUUUGUUCAUUGUAUUGUAAUGUAAGAUUGUAACAUAAAUUGUAACAGUUGAUGACAUAGAACACUACAAAUAAUGACAUAGUACACUACAAAUUAUGACAUAGUACACAUAUUAUGACAAUGAAGACACUAGCCUAGUGUUGCAUGGAAUAGUUAACAAAACAAGACAAUGUUUGUAUAGUAUUUUUAUAAAUAAGUUUAUAUUAAACUUUUGAUUACACCAAUGAUCAUAAUUGUUUACAACGGAGAAUAAUGGGAAUAUACAUUGCUUUCAGGA